CUCGCGUGUAAGUAGCCCUCGACGCCCUAAAGUCACAAUAUCGAAAACGCGCCUUUUGUCUCGGCUCGCGAUCACCGGAUCAAACGUCUAAGAUGGCCACUGUCAAACAGACCAGGCCGUAAGCUGCAGCCAAGGAGACGUCGAUGUUUUUCUUCUGGUCGCGGGAGCCGACGGCGGCCGCAGUCGCCGCUAGCCCACGAGCCGGACCCUGGUUCGCCUGGUUCGCUACCGCGGCCUUCCUCUGGCGUUAUCGGCGAUGCAUCGCUAGGACGGUCUUCGGCGCCGUCUCCUCGAUGCGAGUCCUGAAGAACCACCGUAACACGGCGACCUCACUCGUCACCCCCAAGAGCCAUUACAUCCGACAGUGCCACCAGCGUAAUAUCAAGUGCCGUUCGUCCUCGGUCUCCCGGCUCUACAACAGGCAAAACCAGCGCAUCUGCCACAAGCGCGAGACAAACAGUAGCAAGGGGAACAUCAUAAGCGUACCGCAGAAGCCACAUGUCGUCGGCGUGAAGCCUCGACUGAAACGGCUGCACAUGGGUGACGGCUCAUACAUUACGAGUUCGGCUCUCAGACUCACGACACGUAGGCUCCAACUGAACUCCAACUGCUUGCAAAUAAGCCAUCAGAUGUAUUACAAAGUGACGAGGAGCGGACGCACCUACGGCAAGUAUUGGAACGAUGAGGCACUCGAUAAGUAGAAUCGUCGAAAUUUCCGACUGGCGUCAAUAGUCCCCGUUUGUAUUGCUUCUUUUCAUUUGUC